AUGGCAUCCGAACCAUUCCCCAGCGAGUUCGGGUCGGAUUCCAACCGGAGCGAUGAAGAACGUUUCCCAGAGGUCUUUCGUCAAGGCCCUAUGGCAGACAGGCACAAGGCCACGCGUAUCGUUCCAAUGCGGGUACUUGUGUUUGGUCUACCACGAACAGGAACAUCCUCAAUCAAAGUUGCCCUGUCCCGUAUGGAUUUCAACAAUAUAUACCAUUUUCGUAGCGUUAUCCACGACCCCGAUGACGCACAGUGGUGGUUAAGGGCUGGAGAUGCAAAAUGGAACAGGAGAGGCAAAUUCACCAAAGAAAAUUGGGAUCAGCUUCUAGGACACUGCCAGGCUGUUUGUGAUCUACCUUCUGCCGCUUUCGCGGAUGAGUUGAUCGCAUCUUAUCCCGAAGCCAAAGUUGUGAUACUCAACCGUGAUGUUGACAAGUGGUAUAUCUCCAUGACUCAGACUAUCCUCAAGGUUGCGUCGCCAAAUGCUUGGUCAGUGCUACGUGACCUCCUCGAUUGGAGAGAGUUAGGGCAGGUUUGGAAAAUGCUUGGUCAGCAGAUGUAUAACAUGUUUGGCUCGCGCCCUGGCGGCAUGAGCGAGAGCAACAUGAAAGCCAGUUUCAUUGAAUACCAUGAGCACAUUCGCAGGAUUGUUCCCAGAGAAAGACUCCUUGAGUUCAAGGUUCAAGAUGGUUAUAAGCCUCUCUGCGAUUUCUUAGGAGUCCCCGUGCCUACGACCGUGAUUGGCGAGAAGGAAGUCGAGGAGCCCUUUCCAAGGGUGAAUGAGGGCGCGGCCUUUCACGAUAGAGUCAAGGCCCUGCGCCGGUGUCAAAACAGGCGGAUUUUGAAGAAAAUCGGCAAACUCGUGAGUGCUGUUGUAUUGGUCGGAGUGGGACUAUGGUACUUGCGCAGAUGA